AUGGACGAGCUUCACUGCAAUCGUUUAGCCUGUAGAAAGCUGCUUACCGAAAAGGCUGUUGUUACCACCUGCUCACAUAUCUUCUGCAUAGAGUGUGCGAAUGGGAUUUUCUCUACACCUACUCUCGUCUGUGCAGCGUGUGAGACCACCUUGGAUCAACCUGACGAUGUUGUAAUAUGCUCUCUUCAUCCUACUAAUGACUACAAAACUUCAAUUCUGUCUGGUCUGAGCCCAACGAUCAUUCUGGAAAUAUGCUCUCGGGCCAUGUCAUUCUGGCAGUAUCAGAUACAUCAAGAGAGCUCGUUCCAGCAAGCCGUAUUGCGGAACGCCAACGAACGGAAUGCCCAGAUGCAAAAGCAGUUAGAGAAUGUAGUUCGAGAAGCGAACUCCGAAUUAAGUCUACUCAAUACGAAAGUUGCGGCACUUGAACGCGACUUGGAGGUCGAAAGACGGAAGAACCGUGACUUAAUGGAUGCUGCGAAAGAUAAGGACGCUGAAUAUCAAAAACUCAAAGGCCAGCUUGACAAGAUGAAACGGAAAGCGCUUCUCGGCUCGACGUCACUCUCUGCAGCUGCCCAGAAUGCGGAUGCCAGUGAGAAGCAUGUGUAUCAGUCCAACCAUGCCGGAGUCAUGCUUCCAUCGACGACAGCGGCCGCGGAUGGGACAGGCCUUCACGGAACUAUGAAUACUAACUCAUCCAGGCUCCGUGCAGGUUUGCAUCAGCUUGGAGUAUCGGGUAUGCAUGCUGGAGCCUCCAAUCAAGGCAAUAUGGGCGAAGUCGUCAACGGUAUGGAUGCUAACAAGGCACGAGUUGAUGUCAAUCAAUCAUCUUUCCGAAAUACCGGUACCGCUUCCAUCUUAUGA